AUGGGACAUCGAUAUUCAAAAGUUACUCCGAUAACGGACGAUGGGGUGUACGAUAAACAUCUAAGUAUACCCCAUCAACCCGGCACAAACAGGGCGGUUCAACAUCUUCAUCCUUGCGAUGAAACCCCUGUUCGUGCUGAGAGAGGAGGUGGAGACAGGAGAGGAGUUUGUGGAGGAGAGGAAUUGGAGGAGAAAGGAGGAGGAGAGGGAGGUGAGGAAAGAGGAGACAGGGAGUUGGAGGAGGCAUCUAGAGUGCAGGAGAAAAGAAAGAGGGGGAAAUGGUGGAGGAGGCUGAUAUCCAUCUUAACCCCUGCCAAAAAGCCCCUUCCUGAGAGCCCUUCAUGCCAGCAGUGCAAUGAGGGAGAGCAAAUGAAGGUGGCAUGGGCAAGAAAAAGUAGUGAUGACUACAUCUUCAGCCAUUACACCAUUGGUGAUAAGCUGGGGAAAGGUGGAUUUGGUGUAGUAUAUGAAGGGAAGCGUUUGGAGGAUGGUCUUAAGGUGGCUGUGAAAUACGUUACCAAGGGCCAGGAUACGGAAUGUAUAUCUAUUCCUGAUCAUCCAAACCCCCUGCCAAAGGAGAUCGCUCUCACCAUCCUGGCUAAUAAAGGGCCCAGCGAUCCCCACAUCAUAAAGCUUUUAGACUGGCAGGACCAUGAAGACCAUUAUGUCUUGAUUCUUGAAUGUCCAUCUCCUUGCGAAAACCUUGAAGAGUUCCUGUACCAUCGCGGUGGAACCCUGGAUGAAAACACAACACGUCACAUCAUGGAGCAAGCAAUACAUGCUGCUGACCUGUGUUGCCAGAGGGGAGUCUUCCACCGUGACGUCAAACUGGAGAACCUUCUAAUAAACAAGGAAACAUCUGAGGUCAAACUUAUUGACUUUGGAUGCGCGGACAUUCUGAAAAAGUCUUCUUACAAGACAUAUGACGGUAUGUUUUAUAUCAUUAAUUUCUUCUAUGCUAAUAGAACAAAAAGUAUAUGCUGUGCUAAUGCAUACUUACACAUCAAACAAAAUGUCUUUCCUUCAGGCACUGAUGCGUACGCCCCUCCUGAGUAUAAACUCAAGGGGAAGUACUAUGGCAAGCCAGCGACCGUCUUUUCUUUAGGGAUGGUGAUGUUCGCCCUCCUCUGUGGCCACUUCCCUACACACUAUGACAUCUUUCAACUGAAAUACAAGCGGUAUACUUAUAUUCAACCCAGCCGGUCAAAAGAUUGCUGCGGUCUGCUACGGGAGCUCCUCAACCCCCAUUAUAGCGAGCGAAUCAGCCUGAGUCAAAUCCUUUCCCAUAACUGGUUUAAGGUAGUGAAUCUGAGAUGAACUAAGCAGCAUUUAUUUUCUCAAACUGCUAAAACAAAUCUGUUCUUUUUUUGUUUGUUUCAGGUCUACAUUUAAGGCCUGGCCAGUUAGUGUCUCAUUCAGCUUAGCGUCUUGCGGGCUACAAGCAAGACACUUCCAUACACGUCUCUCACCUUGGCGUCUUGCGGGGUGAAAGAGCCUAGAGCAGCAUCUCCCAAAUUGCUGUCUCUUAUGCAGCCUAGCGUCUUGCGGUUGCAUCUUUGUAGCCAAUCCUCUCCUGAUGAACCAGUCACAGCUGUCCAAAUGCCACAGCUGUCUGUCUCCACAUCCACCAGGUCAGAUGUCCCAUACUCUGCCACCAUACAAGCCAUGAGUGUAGUUCCAGUUGCUUCCUCAGUGGCCCUCAUCGUCAGUGAUUCCUGCCACAGCUGGAAAAGACUCUGUGGUCUGUCAUGGCCUCCCCAGAGGUUUCUGCCAUUGACAGUUUCCAUUUGGUUUGAUUCUGGAUGUCCAUCUAGCAUAUCAAACCAGAAAUAAAACAUUUUUAUUGA